UUUUUUUCCUGCACUCUGUGUCCUUUGUGAAGCUGUCUGAUUGGAUGUGAGAAGUCUCCAAGUUAUUUUCGGUAUUUAAAAGUCGCAAUUUUAGAAGAUAAAAUCUUUAUGCCGGCAAACACCGCGUAAAAAAGAACGCACCCCUGGAGGCUUUUGGUUGGUUUUUUUUUUGGUAAACCAAACCGCGGAGAGAAGUUGGUUUGAGCCUAGAACUUACAAAUACGGACUGCCUCCGGUGAUACUCUUCGAAUCUCCCUUAUACAUUCCGUGAACCAUGUCUGGCAUUGCCAUUGCGAGGCUCGCUGAGGAACGGAAAGCCUGGAGGAAAGAUCACCCUUUUGGCUUUGUUGCACGCCCAGCAAAGAAUCCUGACCAGUCUAUGAACUUGAUGGUUUGGGAAUGUGCUAUUCCUGGCAAGAAAGGGACUCCAUGGGAGGGAGGACAGUACAAACUCCGUAUGAUUUUCAAGGAGGACUACCCAUCUACACCUCCCAAAUGCAAGUUUGAGCCACCACUGUUCCAUCCCAAUGUGUAUCCUUCAGGUACUGUUUGCCUCUCUCUGCUAGAUGAAGAGAAAGAUUGGAGAUCUGCCAUCACAAUCAAGCAGAUCCUUUUGGGUAUUCAGGAUCUUCUAAAUGAACCAAAUAUCAAGGACCCUGCACAGGCUGAAGCCUACACUAUCUAUUGCCAAAACCGACUGGAAUAUGAGAAGAGAGUACGAGCCCAGGCAAGGGCAAUGGCUCCUCAGGAGUAAACUGCACUUACUUACUUUGUGACUGAAUAUAUUUACAACAGAUGCAAUUUUUGGUUGAUUGAACUCUGAUGUCAUAUCUUACAUGUGUUUAAUAUGCGACCUGCUGUUUUAAUCUGAAGCAAUUUUAUUUUACUAUUUUCUUGGUGAUGACCCACAUGGUGGAAAUCGAGAUGUGAUUUCAAGAAGAAAACCUCAUUUUUUGAA